AUUCUGCAUUCAAUGACAAAAGUUUUGACAAAAUGAACCAAAAUAUCUGCGUUCACUGUUUGCGGAGAACUUUUAGCACAACAGCUAGUAUCUUCAGAAAACCACCAAUAUGGCCUGCUAAGCGGAGCAGACUACCGUUUGACGAACGUUACCCCGUAUCCGCGAAACACGUGAAUGAGAAAAGGCGUGGUGGGAGCAGGGAACUGGCGGAGAAGGUGGCUCUCCAUCAUGUUCAACCCACUGGAUUCGUCCACAUGAAAUACAAAAGGUUUUUCAGAGUUAAGGAAAUGACACCAGAAUUAAUUGUCCCAGAUCUGAAAGACUGCAAGCUGAAGCCAUAUGUGCCGUACAACAUAAACCCCAUCCAACAAAGCGAGUUUACGGCCCAGGAUCUCUUCAAUUCCUGUUAUGCCAAAGACAUCAACGAGAAAUUUGAUAACGGGGAAUAUGUGAUAGAAAACGACGAAAUUGUCAAAAAGCCCACAUCAUCGUGAUCAUUAAAUGUUGAUGGCGGCCGUAUGUCCCUGUCAUUGUGAUUGGUGUGUGUGUGUCCCCUGAUACAGUAACUGUAUAACGGGUGUCUUGAUAUUCAUCAGGUAUACUGUGACGUCAUCACCUUGACACACGGGAAUCAAGUCACAUCCCUCGGUCCUUAUCUGAUGUCCGUGGCUUGUUUAAGUACAUAGGCUAAUAAUCUGUGUCAUAUAUAGGAAUAAAUGAUGUUUAAAUAAAAGUGACUGAUUUUUAUCAAA